AUGAGGGUCAGCAGUGAGCCAGGGGAGAAGGACUGUGUGCCGUCAGGGGCUUCAAGCCUCCAUCAGAGCCCUGCUGAGAUGCAAACAGCCUCACAUCAACACGGCACGGCCAUGAGUCCUCUCUGUGAGAACUCUAAAGCUGACAGGACGAUGCAGAGCUCAAACCCGACCUCACUGCCCGUGCACAGGAGUCAUUCAGUCACUUCACCCAUGAUCAGACACGGAGUGCCCCACCGAACAGAAGACCAUGGGGCCUGUGGACUCACUCACCAAGGAGGAGCUAACUCCAUCCAAGAGGCUGACAUUCACUCCGUAUUAUCAUGCAAGCAGUGCAGCAUCAUGAGCACGUUUCCAUGUGGGGCCAACACUGGAGAAGGACGCGUAGCGCUGCCUCAGAACCGGUGUGUCUGUAUGAUGCCCCCUAAGACCGCAGGGAGAGAGGAGGGCUACCUUCCUGCUACAUGUGACCGAGCACACUGCUGUGGCUCUUACAUCAAUCAUGCCAACUUUGAGGACACGUUCGCUGCCUACUGCCACCCACAGCCCAUCCCCGCCCCCUCCCAGCUGCUGCAACGCUUACCAGGACCAGAGCCAAGCUGUGACCUCCAGCGUGCUGUGGAACCUCCUUCAGCCAUAAACCACCUCACCCUGCCCCGCCUCAUCUCCUCUGUGAGUGAGACGGGCCUGGAUGCCAAACACCUGCUGCACUGCUGCAACCUCAACUGCUCCUGGAUGAGCACUCUACCUCCCGGGGCCGGGCCAGGGUCCCAAAAACACUUUGGUUUAGAGGAGACCUGCAGCCGUUCGGGUGGCCUUUUCAGGACUGCUACUCGGGAUAUGGGAACUAUGACGGCCAACAAAGAGCUGCGGGAUGUCGGGGUACAAACAGGACAAACUGUCACACCUCAUGUGUUUCCUGAGAUCUGUCUGGCAGAAGACACCCGGAGUGAGAUCUCUCGCAGCCAAUCAAACACUGACAGCAGCGGAGACAAGAAGCCGAGUGGCACUCCAAAGUCUCCGGUGAAGGAGGUGAAGUGGGAUGCAGAGGGGAUGACAUGGGAGGUGUACGGGGCCUCUGUGGACCCUGAGGAGCUGGGCCUCGCCAUCCAGAAACACCUGGAGCUGCAAAUCAAGGAGACGGCGAAACACGCAGCGAAGCUAUCACGCCAGAACACCAACACGUCUCGUCAGAGCAGGAACAACGGCUGUCAGAGGAAGAGGAGCAGGAUGAUAGGCUCCUUCAGACCCCCGGCCUGUUGUGCACGCACCACUACAGCUGUGGACUAACUGACCAGCUGACUGACUGGAGGGACUGAACCUGAACACUGUGUUUAGCAGCCAACAUGGCCGCUCAAAGCCUCAAAUGUCACUCAUCUUAUCACAAGGUCUAAAAAUGGAUUAAUGCAAACUGAGAGAACGGCUCACACGACUGAAUCAAUGUCAAACCUCGACGUGGAAUGAUUCGUAUCGAGGAGGAAAGGACUUAUGAUGAACUGACAAAGCAUUAUAUUGCAUCAUUCGGUGUCUUUAAUAUCUUAAUAUCUUAAAUGUGAUUCUGCAGCUGGGCACUGCCAGUGUUUUCAGAUGCCUCAAUGACAACACAGCCAGAGAGAAACAGGACCUGUACGGUAAAAAGCAAUCUGAUACAACAACCCUCUGUAAUGCUCCUGCUGUAAAGCUCCUAGUGAAAGU